ACGAAUUUUUUCAUUUACUGUCACAUUUCGUUACGUUUUCAUUAUUUUGAGUGUUCUAAAUUCUUUGAACCCAUGGGGGACGCAGAUAAAGGUCAAAAAAUAUUCGUCAAGGCAUGUGCCCAAUGCCACACUAUCGAUAAAGGUGGGAAACACAAGGUCGGCCCCAACUUGCAUGGAAUAUAUGGAAGAAAAACUGGACAAGCACCUGGUUUCUCUUACACUGAUGCGAACAAAAACAAAGGUAUUGUCUGGGAUGACAAUAACCUGGAUGUCUAUCUUACAAACCCAAAGGCUUUCAUUCCCGGCACGAAAAUGAUUUUCCCAGGUUUGAAGAAAGCUGAAGAUAGAAAGGAUUUAAUUGCCUAUUUGAAGAAAAACGUAUAGAUCAGAACAACUUCCUACCAUUUAUGAUAGUGUGUAGUUGGGUAUGGCACUUAAAUAAAUUCGUUCCAAACUAGAAUAAUAAAGAAAGUGUUAUCGUAGUUUUUCCAGUUUGUGAAUUUAU